UGAAAGUUAGAAUACUCACCCAAGGACGUGGCCUGCUCGGUGAUUGGUUAAAUGAAAGCAACGAGGAUGUCGUCCGGUCGAGAUUAGGCAUGAGGAUUCGAGACCAACAUACACAUUGAAAAUGGACAAAGACAACACAGCUGUGUGGCAGUCAUAGGUAGCAACUUUGUGGAAGUUGCCUGGACUCAAAUUCCGCCGCCGCCGCUCUUGCUGCUGCUCCUGCCCCUGCUGCUCCUACUCCUGCUGCAGAACGACUAACAAAUUGGCAACAGGUGGAGUGGGUACUGGACCAGAUGUGGUGGAGCUAUGAGGAGUUCGUCUACAUGUGUGGGAGAGCAUUCAAAAUGCGCACAGACGGAACUGGCCCACGACCCCUUGACCCGAGGUUUCGAAUUCGCUUACAUCGAACAAAACAUCGACACCAGGGGCGCGUCGCAUUGGGGGCAGUUACGCGAGCGCGGAAAUCAUUGGAGCGGGCUGAAGGCUCACAAAGACGAUUGUGUUAUGUGCCGCAGGUAUCGGAUCAGCACAAUGAUGGCCCCCCCACGAAGCCUGCUAAUAGCCGCUAUAAUACCAACGCACUGAGCCCAGGAGAACAGGCAGAUGUAGCAAAUUGCUUACAGGACUUCCGUGAUUCAUUGGCAGCUGCUGUCGGUAUUGUUGGUGCUUACCAAGCUAAACUCUCGAAUGAUGCAGAGAGGAGGCAAAGAUGGUUUGAUAAUGCGAUAAAGCUGGUUACUGUCGCUACGGCUCUGGGAAAGGCCCUGGCCCCGAUUUGAGUCUGGAGGGUCCCGAAAUAAAGUUCUUAAUCCCGCUGUACUGGACUGUUAUGCUACCUUGGUCUUGGAAUGAUUUUGCGAACCUCUAAGUGCUUUGGUUGACUGCUACUUAUUGUACAAUCCACAUCAUCUUGGUACUGGAAAUUUACCCCUGUAUUCAUAAAAAGCGCAGCC